GCAACUAUUUAUCUUCCCCUUCUUUGUCUCUUUGGCGCUCUCUCUCUCUGGUGAAGAGAAUCAAAGAAAAUUGUUUACUUUUGGACUCCUUUGACAUUUUAAGGUGCAAGGGUCUGCUCUAUACUGUAGCAUAGACUUGAGCAAACUUUCUUUCUUCUCCAUUUAAAGCCCACGAGCUGGUUUACAUCUUUUAAUGCAGAAAGACUUUUAAUUUGUAAAAGUGAACUGAUUUAUAGACCAACGUGAGUCGCUUCAAGGUGAAGGCUCACUGGUCAAAAACACAAAGGUUUUAUCCUUCUGAACUAUGUCAGGCCCUCUGCUAUGUUCAGACACUGUUAACAGCUGCUAAUGAUCACUUUGUGGGUACGGGUUCACAUGAAGACAAGUUCAGUUUUUGGAGUCUAAUUAGACCUCAGUGGCUCCGGCUCUCUGAUUCAUCAUUUCUUUAAAGAUUCAAUCUUGGGUACUUGCUUGUUUUGUUCCUGGAGUUCAAUGUUUGAAGGUGGCGAAGAUAGUAAAAUGUAUGGAUUGAAAGUGACUACUAGACACAAGCGUUCAAAGAGGUAAGCUAUUAAUUCAAUCUUUUGUAAGCUUGCAAUUAUUGUUCUCAUUGCUCAUUUCUGUUCAUUGCUAUUCUACUUGAUGGGUUUUUUUCAACUGGAAUGGCUUCUGUGGCGGGCUUCAUGAGUAAAAUGGAAACUUGGGGCAUUCAUCACACCUGCUAAAAAGUGUUGUUUAAAACCCCAUGAAAGUUUUGGUUUUAUUCUCCGAGCUAUUUUUCAAGCAGAAAAGACGAUGAAAUUUUUGUCGUCCAGAUGAAAUUUUAGAGCUUCAAAAAAGAGGAACAGUGGGAGAGCUUUUCCUAAAUCAUAAAGAACUUCUUGAAGAUGGGAUUUUAGAGUAUGUUUCCCAGCUUGGAAUUUGGGGAUUUUUCUUUUCAAUUUCUCCCAAGUUCCUUCUCUGAUAAAGCUAGCAAUUAAUGAGUAAUAGAUGCGGUGAAUGAAACUGAAAACUGUUUCAAGUUGGGUCUUGGGAAAAUUAUUGCAAAGUGGAUCUUUGAUAGGAGCUUCCCAGAUAAGAAAAGACUCGAGGAAGAUGACUUAGAUAGUUCCUAUGAAGCAUCCAGCCGCAUAAAGCUGAAUAUGGGGCACUUGAAAUACUCUGCCAAAGCCGAGAAGAAACAAUCCCCUAAGACCGAAAUGCAAGUUUCUUUGAAGCAAGAGAUUCUACAGCUUGAGAAAAGAUUACAGGAUCAGUUUCAGGUCCGUUGGGCUCUUGAAAAGGCAUUGGGUUAUAGGACUUCUUCCCAUGAGAGCAUGUCUGAGCUGUCAAUGCCUAAGCCAGCCACAGAAUUAAUCAAAGAAACUGCAGCAUUAGAGUUGGAAGUUGUAUAUCUGGAACAAUAUCUUCUCUCCCUGUACCGGAAGGCAUUUGAUCAACGAGCAUCCUUGGUUUCCCCAUCUAACCAGGAUCAAAGUUUAAAAACCCCUGUCACAACCCCGGGACGAAGGUUGUUUGAUGUUUCCAGGCCUGAUAUAUCAAACAAGGAAACUUCAGCUACUGAAACUGCUUGUCAGUUACUUAACAAUACAUGGAAGGAAACCAAUAGAAUAGGAGGAGAGGAGAAACUAUUAGAUUCUGGAGUUCAUCGAUGUCAGUCUUUAUUGUCCCAACACACUACAUUUUCAAAUAGAGCCUCUCCUCCAUCAGCAUCUUUUGGUAGAGCUGUGCGUGCAUGCCAUACCCAGCCAUUGUCCAUGAUGGAGUAUGCCCAGAGUGCAUCAAACAUUAUUAGUUUGGCUGAGCAUCUUGGUACUCGCAUUUCUGAUCAUGUUCCAGAGACACCUAACAAGCUUUCAGAGGAUAUGAUAAAGUGCAUGUCAGCUAUAUACUGCAAGCUUUCAGAUCCACCUUUGACACAUAAUAGCCUUUCAUCUCCCAAUUCAUCUUCAUCAUCCAUGAGUGAAUUUUCCCCACGAGAACAAUGUGAUAUGUGGGGUCCGGGAUUUAGGAAUAAUUCAUCCUUUGACAUACGGUUGGAUAACCCUUUCCUUGUUGAAGGUCUGAAAGAGUUCAGUGGACCAUACAGUACAAUGGUUGAAGUCCCAUGGAUCUAUAGAGAUAGUAAAAAAUUAGGAGAUGUUGAAAACUUGCUACAAAAUUUCAGAUCACUUAUCUGUCGACUAGAGGAAGUUGAUCCUAGGAAGCUAAAACAUGAGGAGAAGCUAGCUUUCUGGAUCAAUAUACACAAUGCGUUGGUGAUGCAUGCAUUUCUGGUGUAUGGGAUUCCCCAAAACAAUGUUAAGAGGCUCUUUCUACUUUUGAGAGCUGCAUAUAAUGUCGGGGGUCAUACAUUUAGUGCAGACACGAUACAGAGUUCUAUACUUGGAUGCCGGAUGUCUCGUCCUGGACAGUGGAUUCGAACAUUACUCUCAUCAAAGUCCAAAUUCAAGACAGUAGAGGAUCGGCAAGCAUAUGCAACUGACCAUUCAGAACCGCUUUUGCACUUUGCACUAUGUUCAGGAAGCCAUUCUGAUCCUGCGGUCCGUGUCUACACUCCAAAGGGAAUAAUUCAUGAGCUUGAAGCUGCGAAGGAAGAGUAUAUCCGAGCAACCUUUGGCAUACGCAAGGACCAGAAAAUCCUGCUUCCAAAGAUUGUGGAAUCCUACACCAAGGAUUCAGGUUUAUGUCCUGCGGUUGUUCUUGAAAUGAUCCAAAAAACUUUGCCUGCUGCUGUAAGGAAGUGUCUUAAGAAAUGUCAGCUAGGAAAACCUCGUAAGACCAUUGAAUGGAUUCCGCAUAAUUUUACUUUUCGGUACCUGUUAUCUAAAGAGCUGGUAAAGUGACUGCUUCCGUGUGUCAAAAAGUUUAAUAGUAUCCGACCUCCUCUAUUCAUUCACAUAGUUCUCAAGGUUCUUAUAUUUUGAGAUUUUAAAUUUUUUCCUUGUAUAUAUUAGGAGAUGAAGUCUGAAAUGGUGGGAUAGAACAAUGCAAUCUUUUGUUUUGUAUAAUGAAAUCUCGAUUCCGCCUUUUCCGAGCA